AUGAAGAAACUUCAGCAACUGGGAAACUUCUCGGUUACAAAACAAAUUUAUUUUACUUUAAUGAGUUGGAAUAAUGAAAUUUCUGCUUUUCUUUUCUUGAUACCUUUCGGAUGUGGUGUCAACGUUAAGAGGAAACACCAACAUCAGUUACAUAUAAAACACCACAUUCUGCUGCAAAACAAUAUUUGUCGAAAUCAUCUGCUGAUGAUAUUAAGCUGCGCUUCUCAUUAUAAUCUCUCCACUCCAUCCAUCCAUAGUUUGGAAAUUCAAUCUCAUGAAAAGCAUAUAUUUAUUCAAGAAGCAUUACACAGAAAUAACAGCAGCGUCAAAGAAAGUUACAAGAAAUUGGAAAUCAUGGAAAUGGAGGAAGAAACGUAA